AUGAAUAUCCGAAGGUGUUGCCAGCUAAUAAUUCCCGUCCUGCUCUGGGCCUGGUAUCUGCGAGCGGCUCGAGCCACUAGAAGUUUGCAGAUUGAGAGUCACAAGUGCGACUACAAUGGCAAGUACAUCGAGAGCUUCAAUGUGUCGGUCGUGGAGAACCGCAUCUCCUGUGAGCUGCUGACCAAAGUGCGGAUCCCAUCGGCAGUGAAGUUCCACAUGGGCCUCGAAAGGGGCGCUGGCCCCCUGGGACCCUACAACUCGUUCUUCCAGUACGACAUCGACUACUGCAAGACGGUCGGCUCCUAUCGCAAGACCCUGUUCAAGAAAUGGAUCCUCAGCGUGGUCAAGAGGGGACAGUUUCCUCGGCGCUGCCCCUGGGCGAAGGGCACGUACUCGCUCAGGGACUGGGAGCUGAGCGACGAGCUCAUACCGCAAUUCAUAGUCUCAGGACACUAUCGGAGCAAAAUCAUCACCCAUCUGGGGAGCCUGGGCAGACCCACCUACGAAAUGCUGGUCGAGUGCGUGAUUAUUUCGCAGCUGAUAUGA